AAACUUAGUCACAAUUCCACUAAACUAAUACUGGCGGCCAGCUAACUCUUUUGAUGCAUCAAACCAACAUGUUAAUGCAGUCCUGAAACUGGGAGAUUGUGGAACAAUUCGAUGGAUACUGCAUCUAUGGUGGCCCUUUUCCCACUAACUCUGGUUGUGUGUCUGAAGCUGUCAUCACCCCUUCAGGUGCCCACGCAAUUGCGCAACACCUCAGAGGUGGUCUACCUCGGUUCAGCAUUCCUACGGGAGGCACUUAGGCAAGCCAUUGAGCUGACUGAUUCAGCUUAUGCGCACACAAAUGAGAGAGUGAAGACGUCCUUGUCGGAGGGCUCGAUGAGACCCAGUGACCUGCUGGCCCAGUUCAAGCAGACGGGUCCCCAUACCAGAGCCCACAUCAGGGCAGCGGAGGUGCUGGACAACACUGUGGAGCUCAUCAGGGAGAUGGUCUACACUCACACCAUGGCCACGCCCACGCCCAACCUCACUGAGCUGUUAAGUGCGCAGGACUUUGAGACACUCUUGCAAGCAUCAGGCUGCUCCUCAGAGACACAGAGACCUGUGUGUGAGACAGGCUGUCUGUCUGACCGCUAUCGCUCAUUCACAGGACAGUGCAAUAACAGACAGUACCCAUUAUGGGGGGCUGCCAACACCCCCUACAACCGCUGGCUGCCCCCUGAGUAUGAAGACCUCCUGGGAGCCCCUAGAGGCUGGGACCCUGAGCACCGCUACCACAACUUCACCCUGCCCCCAGUGCGGUGUGUGUCUCACAGUGUGCUGUACACCCACAACGAGAACAUCUCUCUGGACUCGUCCCUGUCGCACCUCCUGGUGGAGUGGGGCCAGUGGAUCGACCAUGACUUGGUUCUGACCCCACAGACGCCCAGCACGGCUGCCUUCAAGACCGGCGCGGACUGCAGCCAAACUUGCAGCCGAGACACGCCUUGCUUCCCCAUAGAGAUCCCUCUCUCCGACCCACGUACUGGUAUCCAAAGCUGCAUGCCUUUCUUCCGCUCGGCUCCAAGUUGUUUCGGGAGUGUGGCUACGCCACCACAUCGCCACAGAGAGCAGCUGAACGCCAUCACCUCAUUCGUUGACGCCAGCAUGGUGUAUGGCAGCACCGACCAAUCAGCCUCUGACCUCCGGAACCUGUCGUCCCCUCUCGGCCUGCUGGCUCUCAACCCUCAGCACUCAGACCAGGGGCUUGGCAUGAUGCCUUUCCUGCCCAGGAAGCAGUCUCAUCUGGACCCCUGCGGCCCUCGCACUGGCCGAAAUGCCUCAGGGGCAGAGACUCCUCCAGACCAGAACAUGACCUCCUGUUUCCAGGCAGGAGACUCGCGGGCGAAUGAGCACCUGGGCAUGAUCGCCCUGCACACGUUGUUUCUGCGUGAGCACAACCGUCUGGCCCGGGAGCUGAAGCAGCUGAACCCUCACUGGUCCCCCGACACACUCUACCAGGAGGCCCGCAAGAUCAUGGGGGCCAUCCACCAGAUUCUGACCUGGGAGCACUACUUGCCCCGCGUGCUGGGGGAUGAGGUGUCCUCUGAGCUCAUUCCUCCAUACGAGGGCUACGCCCAGGUCAACCCCGGCAUCGCCAACGUCUUUGCAGCCGCUGCUUUUCGCUUCGCGCACGUCACGGUGCAGCCGGUGGUGACCCGGCUCGGCCCAGGGUACCAGCCCAGCCCCAGGCACCCGCCACUGCCUCUCCACCACUCCCUCUUCGCCUCCUGGAGGGUCAUUCGGGAGGGUGGGGUUGACCCUGUGUUGCGUGGUUUGCUGCUGUCCCCAGCAAAGUUGCAGGUGUCUGAUCAGAUGAUGGUGGAGGAACUGACUGAGCGACUCUUCCAGGCUCAGGGGGGACUGCCCUUCGACCUUGGGGCCCUAAACCUCCAGAGAGGCAGGGACCAUGGACUACCUGGCUACAGUGUAUGGAGGAGGCUCUGUGGCCUGUCUGACCCCGUCUCUGAGUCUGACCUGGCAGGAAUCAUGGGUAAUCCCACGUUGGCUCAGAAGCUGCUGGCUCUGUACAGCACGCCCCAGAACAUCGACGUGUGGGUGGGGGCCAUCUCGGAGCCGCCCCUCCCAGGGGGCCGCGUGGGACCCCUGUUGGCCUGCCUGCUGGCCAAGCAGUUCAGGGCCCUUAGAGAUGGGGACAGGUUCUGGUGGCAGAGAAAGGGAAUGUUCAGCCGUGCGCAGAGGUCAUCGCUACAGAGGGUCUCUCUCUCCCGCGUCAUCUGCGACAACACACACAUCCAGCUGGUGCCGCCCGACCCCUUCACACGCACUCUCUGCACAGAGGACCUCCUGCCCUGCACCCACCCCCGCAUACCCCCACUAGACCUCAGCGCCUGGAGGGAACCAGACUCAGACCCCACGUGUGGCUCCGUACCCCGUAUCCAACCCGGCUACUCGCUGCUCUGUGACAGCGCCGUUCUGUACCAGUGCCCCGCCGGAUUCAGCCUCGUCGGCCCCUCCCAAGUCAAGUGUGACCCACACACCCAGCAGUGGACAUCAGCACCCCCUACCUGCCAAGAUGUGGAUGAGUGUGCGUCUAGUCCCUCAGUCUGUCCUCAGAACACAGAGUGCCACAACACACCUGGCUCCUUUACCUGUACAGAGCCUGACGUGGCAUCUUUCUCGGCCUCUUCAGUAGCAGCUGCAGUGGUGGCCGUGCUGGGCGGGGUGGCUGUGAUGUUGCUCAUCAUGGUGUGCUACAGGAGGUUUUUCCCCAUGAAAAGUGAUCACUUGCAGAGUCGUUGCUGUCAGAGGCCAAGUUAAUGCCUUGGAAGGGUGUGUUGGAUGAAACCCGUGGAGACCACAAGCACUGAUCAGUCUGUUCUCCUUUCUGCCUGACCUACUCCCCAUUCAUGGUUGUUGAACCAUCUCACAUCAUUUAAGGCUGUGAAUUGAAUUUUGUUGAUGUCAUUACAUUAUUUCUGUAAACUGUACAAAUUCAAUCAUCCUCUCAACAAUCCUCAAAUAUGUAUUGACACAAAUGUAACUUUUUCAUAAAGUAA